UGGCAGCCGACGGUUUGUGGCAGUGUCCGCGUGGAGCCUCGCUACUUGAGGCAGAUGGCUUGAACUUCACGGAAAUUCCGCUUUGGACCUCUACGAUUAUUUCACUGUGGCUUUUUUUACUUUCGUCCUAUGUGGGUUUUUUUUAACUUCUUUAGCCUCAAACUCUUUAAGUUCAUUGUCGUUUUGUCAUUGCCAAAUCUAUGGAAGCCACGUAAAAUCAAUCGGAACUUGACAACAUUUAUUUAGAGAUGACCGGCCGCCUGCAGUUGUCAAGUAUUUACAGUGAAUAUUUACUUUUAUCUUUGAUUCUUAAUGUGUUUUAUUAUUCAUCAUGUGAAGGCAAGACUAUCAAAGGUGUGCUCAAGACAGAUGAAGCUCAAAAGGACUUCGGGCAAUAUCUAACAGCUUUUAGUUUUCACGGGGAAUCGGCAAUGAUCAAGUAUGUUCUAAAUGAAACCGGAGCUACAAUACCUAAACUUUAUCUUUUUCUCAAUGAAGACUGGAAGGAAGCCACACUGGAUACUUCAUGUCAAAGCAAAUUUGACAAAGCAAGGAUCGCAUAUGAACUUACAAACAAGACUGGAAAUCUCACUAUUGCACACUUCUAUUACCCCAGAAUAUGGCACAUUGUCUAUGCAGAUGCUUACACUUGUGAUCCUACAAAACCAUUUACCCUUCUAGAAAAACCAAAUUACAUUCUGUAUGACAUUAAAUUAUUAAACCCAGACUCACUUGCAGCCCCAACCAUUCAUUUUAGUGAUGAGGAAUCAGGUCUUCUUGGAUUCUACCAGCUUUUAACUUUGUGUUAUUUUGUUAUCGGCUGUAUAUUCUGGCCCCGACUCUGGCAGACUCUCUCAAAAGGUGGACCAAUGCAACUAGUUAUUCAGCUCCUGACUGCUUCUACUGCCCUACAGUCUCUUGCUUCCUUUCUAAUGAUGGUGCAUCUUCUGCGGUAUGCUAAAGAUGGUUUUGGCUUCCCUUUCUGUGAAUUGCUGGCUGAAUUUGUUGAUGUAAUAUCCCAAUUCACCAUGCUUUAUAUGCUCCUUUGCCUUUCCCUUGGUUGGACCUUAACCAGCCCUUAUAAAUCCUCACCAAUUGAAACCAUUAAAAAGAAACCUGCUGCCAAGUUUGUUGGUCUCCUUUGUGUUCUUCAGUCAAUAUUAUAUAUUUGGGAGCAAUAUUUAGAUAAGGAGCACCGGAUGUACUAUGCCCAUCGUACAAAUGCAGGAAUAGGACUUGUAUUUCUUCGUAUUUUGCUGGCAGCCAUAUUUGCUUGGAAUCUCCGUGCUACUGUCAAAUCAGAAAGAAGUGCUUUAAAAAGAGAAUUUUAUGCAACAUUCACCAAAUCUUGCAUGCUUUGGUUCCUGUGUUAUCCAGUUUUGGUAAUCUUCUCUUGGAUGCUAACAGAAUAUCUUCGAUAUAAGGUUCUAACGAUGGGAGUAGUACUGUGCCAAUCUGGUGCUGUAAUCAUCCUUUACCAAUUAUUCAUGUCACGAAGUCUCUACUGGGAAGUUUCAGCACUCUCAAGUUCCCUACCUCUUCGGAUUGAUAAACACUUCACGUUAAAGAUUCAUUCUUGAUGUUUACAUUUAGGCUACCAAAGAUUAGGGGAUCACAUGAGAAAAAAAGUGUUAUGAAUGAUUGAGAAUUCUUGUAAAUAUGUGAGGAUGUGUAUGUGUGUGCCAGAGUUAAUCAACACAGCAUAAAAUAACAAAAUUUCUGUCCAUCAAUAUCUCUCCUUGCAUCUACAACUGUAUUGAUACAUAUCAAUGCGUAGCAAAUAUGGACCUUAAUCAAUACAUACUUCUCAGUUAAUUAUACAUCAUUUCUAGAUCUCAUAUCUUAAUGAAAUUUAUUUUGGCUCUAUAAACAUCUCUUUUUCUCACCUCAUCACUCAGAAUAAAAAAAAAGAAAUAUUUAUGAAAGUACAAACCAUUACUUCACUAAAAAAAUCAUACUGUGUCCUACCAUUUCAAGGAGCAAUUGAAAAUAUCCGUGCCUGCAGAAUUCUCUCUUGUCUGUAAUAAAUUGUUACUAAAAUUUCACAUUUCAUCUGAAAUGGAAGUUUGUUUUUUAAAUGAAAUAAAAUGUUAUUUUCAUUACAAA